GGAGGAUCUCACGUUCACAGAACAGCUGUGGAUCUUUUUUACCCACGCAGUCUAAAUCACUGCUUGUUGGUCUGACGUGUGCGUGGAAUGUCUACCGUCGUCCGUGUCGCGGAGACACGCGGAUUUUCAAUCUAAGGAUUGUUGUUUGCACUUUCUGUUUGUUCGCAAAUAUUUAAAAGUCAUUGAGAGAGGGUGGGGGGACACAGAGAGAGAGAGAGAAAGAGAGAGAGAGAGAGAGAGAGAGAGAGAGAGAGAGAGAGAGAGAGAGAGAGAGAGGGAGAGAGAGAGCGAGAGAGAGAGAGAGAGUUGCGUUCAAGGGACCUCGGGCUUUCCAUGCACAGUCCAGUCAGCGGGGAGAGUAUCAGGAUUCCACACUCCAUCCAUUAUUUAACGGAUAUUUUAAAAAAGUUGCCGAGAUGAAACUUUGCCUGCUGUUACUCCCCGUCCUCCUUCUCUUCACACUCCUUUCACCGAGCUACUGUGACGAGCAGCACCUGAAAGAAGACAAGCUUUUGGUUGUGACAGUUGCAACCAAGGAAACUGAUGGCUUCAGGCGUUUCUUGAGAUCAGCCAAACAUUUUAAUUACACUGUCAAGGUCCUUGGUCGCGGGCAGAAAUGGAAAGGUGGCGACUAUUUGUCUGCCCCCGGCGGAGGUCAGAAAGUGAGGCUUCUGAAAGAAGCCGUGGAGGAAAUGAAGGAUGAGGAUAAAAUAAUUCUUUUUAUUGACAGCUAUGAUGUGAUUUUGGCCUCCAGUCCCCGAGAAGUGCUAAAGAAGUUUGUGCAGGCCCAACACAAGGUGGUGUUCUCCUCUGAGAGCUUGAUUUGGCCCGACAGACACUUGGAGGAUAAACAUCCACGUGUCCGGGAGGGGAACAGGUUCCUCGGUGCUGGAGGCUUCAUUGGCUACCUUCCCAACAUCAAGGAAAUGCUUCCUGACUGGGCGGGAGCAGACAACGACAGCGAUCAGCUCUUUUUCACCAAGAUUUAUAUCAAUCCUGAUAAAAGGAAAUCCAUAAAUAUCACACUGGACAGCAAAUGCAGGUUGUUUCAGAACCUUCACGGAGCUCUCGAUGAGGUGGUGUUAAAAUUUGAGGACCGACAUGUACGAGCCAGAAACUUGCUGUAUGAUACGCUACCUGUCAUCAUCCACGGGAAUGGACCCACCAAGCUUCAGAUAAACUACCUGGGUAACUACAUACCAAACACAUGGACAUUUGAGACUGGCUGCACCGUUUGUCACCAGGAUCUACUCCCACUUUCAUCUCUCAAGGAAGAGGACUAUCCCUUGGUGGUGAUUGGUGUCUUCAUUCAGCAGCCCACCCCCUUUGUCAGUGUGUAUUUUGAACGCCUGCUAAAGCUCCAGUAUCCCAAGAAUAGACUCAAACUCUUUAUUUUCAACAAGGAAGUUCAUCACGAGCGAGAGGUUAGUUCUUUCCUGCAGGAUUAUGGAAGUCUUUAUCUGGAUGUCAAGUUCGUUGGGCCUGAAGAAGGCUUGGAUGGAGCAGCCGCUCGCAACAUGGGCUUUGACAUGUGCAGGACUCAGAAGGACUGUGACUAUUUCUUCAACUUGGACAUUGAGGUGGUUUUGAAGAACGAGAACACCCUCAAAACGCUCAUGGAACAAAACCUUCCCAUCGUGGCACCAAUGUUGACCCGCAGUGGCCGAUUGUGGAGCAACUUCUGGGGAGCCCUCAGCGCCGAUGGCUACUAUGCCAGGUCUGAGGACUACGUGGACAUCGUUCAAGGACAAAGAGUGGGAAUAUGGAAUGUUCCAUAUGUAACCAGCGUGUACCUGAUCAAGGCCAGCCUCCUCCGCUCAGAGCUCUCAGACCAAGAUCUAUUUGGCUCACAUGCAUUGGACCCUGACAUGGCUUUUUGUCAACGUGUGAGAAAUAAGGAAGUCUUCCUGUAUGUCACAAACAUGCAAACGUUCGGACGCAUCCUGUCAACAGAAAACUAUCAGAGCAGUCAUCUGCACAAUGAUCUGUGGCAGAUCUUUGAAAAUCCUGAGGAUUGGCAGGAGCGCUACAUUCAUGAAAACUACACUCGCAUCAUGAAAGAUAAACUCAUUUUAACCCCUUGCCCUGACGUAUACUGGUUUCCAAUCUUCUCCGAUAUGGCUUGCAACCACCUGGUUGAAGAAAUGGAACACUUUGGACAGUGGUCAGGAGGCGCUAAUAAGGACACUAGAAUCCAAGGUGGCUACGAGAACGUCCCCACUAUCGACAUCCACCUGAGGCAAGUCAACUUUGACAAGGAAUGGCAGAAGUUUUUACUGGACUACGUUGCGCCGAUAACAGAGAAAAUGUACCCUGGUUACUACACCAAGUGUGCCACUCCCUUGAACUUCGUGGUGAGGUACAAACCGGACGAGCAGCCCCUGCUCGAGCCUCACCAUGACGCCUCCACAUUCACUAUAAACAUUGCUCUCAACAGCAAAGAGGUUGACUACCAGGGCGGCGGAUGCAACUUCCUGCGUUACGACUGUGCCAUCGAUGCUCCGCGUAAAGGCUGGGCACUCAUGCACCCGGGCCGCCUCACCCACUACCACGAAGGCCUGCCCACCACAGCCGGGGUCCGCUACAUCGCCGUGUCAUUUGUGGACCCCUGAACCACACACACACACACACACACACACACACACACACACACACACACACACACACACACACACACACACACACACACACACACACACACACACACA